ACAUCCCACUGCAAGAAAGAGCUGGUACGCUGUAAACAGCAACGGCUCCAACACUGAACUCUCUGCAGAUGAUGGAAAGUUCAGCAUGUCAGCAGAAAAUAACUUCACUCUAACAAUCAACAGUCUAACAGAGACUGAUGCAAACAUUUACUGCUGCAGAGAAACUGCUGACAAAGCAGUCAACUGUCAGCAAAGUGGAAUUCAUCUCUAUGUUGCAGAGCUGCAGGUAAAGGUGAUUCCUGCCACAGAGGGACAGACAGUAACACUGAUGUGCAGCAGCAGCAGCUGUCCUCUGACUGAAAACCCUGCAGCCUACAUCUGGUACAAGAACAGAGAGUUUCUCUAUGAGGACUGGUCUCCCUGGUACCAAGAGCUGCUCAGCAGUGAGGAAGCAGUCACAUACUCCUGUGCUGUCAAAGGCUACGAGCAUCUCAGAGCCCCUGAAGUCUCUGUGGCUUCUCUGACUCCAGCCUGUUUCAUUGUGACCUCUGCUAAAGGGAGGAUGUGUUCUUCUGAGCAGACAUCAGUGGAUGAGUCCUGCACCAUCACAUAUCCCACAGGUGUUUUGAAUGAGAUCUGCUGGAGUUUGAAUUAUGUCCACAGCAGAAUCUGCGCCCUGGAAGGAUCUUCAGUGAACAUCUCCAGUAAAUACUCACAUCCUGAGUACGAGCAGAUAAAGUCUAAAUGUUGGUACAAAGUAAAGAGAAAUGCUGAGGAGGAAGCUGAACAGCUGCAUGAGGAUGCAGAUAAUGUGGAGUAUGAUGACAGCAUGAAGAACCAACACAUCCUCACAUUAAAACACCUGAAGAAAGAUGACUCAGCAGAAUACAGGCUCACAAUCACAACAGAAACUGAAGAACUGACACAGUCUGAUGUUCCUGGAGUUAUUCUGAUUGUCACAGAGCUGAGAGUGGAGAUGAGUCCUUCUGCAGUGGUGACAGAGGGUCAGAGAGUCACACUGACCUGCAGGACCAGCUGUCCUCUGACUCACAACACAAACUACAUUUGGUACUUCAACAGUCGACCUCUGACCCCGAGAGAGAACCAAAACAAACAUCUGAUCCUAGACCCAGUCAGCAGGGAGAAUACAGGAAGCUACUCCUGUGCUGUGGAAACCAACAAAGAUAUCAGCUCUGCUCCAAAGACUCUCACUGUCCAAAGUAUCACAGGAACAUGGACACCAGCAGCUGCAGGAGGUUCUGCAGCUCUCCUGGUUUUAAUACUGCUCACUGUCUUCUGCUGGAUCAGGAAAAAGAGGACCACCAGUGAGACUCCAAGAAGAGAAAAAUCAGAGAACAAGCAGCAGAUGAAUCUUGAUCCCAUGUAUGAAAACAUCUCCGCUCAGUCAGCAGAGCAGGAUGAUCAUCACUAUAGCAGACUGCACUUCAGUGAGAGCCACACAGCUGAUCUCUACUCCACCAUCGAGCCACUGCCUGCUCACUGAAGAAAAGAUUGUUACCAUGGUGAUUUAAAGGGAUAGGCCGUGUGUGACAACA